CAGCUCAUAUCGUGCCCACAUUUGCAACUGCCGGUAAAACGAACUGUGUAUUUCUUAUGUGCUUACAGCUCAAACUAUAUUUCGUGCUUAGAGUACAAAAGUUAUGGAGUCUGUCACAGCUUUCUUGGCCCUCCUGUGCUUGGGGAAUAUUUUGGGAAGUUGCUGCGCUCAUAAAGUUCCGUGUGAAACAAAGAGUUCGUCCAUUACUAUACCGGGUGAUGCCACUAUUAUAGACGGUAUAUUCGACAUGUAUACGGGAGCCAAUUGCUCUACACUGGUUACCGAAGGGAUUCAUCAGAUGCUGUCAGCUGUAUGGGUUGUCCAGGAACUUAACAGACAAAAUUUUAUACCAGGCGUCACACUGGGGUUGUUGUUGUACGACGCCUGCUCGGAACCUCUGACUGCCCAGAAAGCGUUAAAAACAGGAUUGCAAGAAACAGUAUGCCUCAGCACUUAUCCUUCAGGUGUGGUGACAACGCCAAGUAUUUCAACGCACUUGCAAGAAUUGGUGGCCACUGCGCACCUGCCUGUAUUCGUGACGAGUUCCGAGUACCCUGCUGUGGUCUCUACCCUCACAGCCUCCCUAUUGUCGGCUCUCAACUGGUCCCAAGUCGCCAUCACACUGGCUCCUUCUACUGAGUAUAUUUCAACUUUCGGACAAGCGGCAAGUAGAGAGGACAUCUGCGUUCAUCACCAGGCAUCUUUCGCUGACAGACACAGCUCGAUCUGGGCGACGGCGUUUCAGGCUUCAGAGCCGCGGCAGAAAGGAAACGUCGCACUAGUUUUUGGCUCAACGAAUGAGAUUCUGCGCACUGUACAAGUUGCUCGUGACGACAACACGGCUUCUACCCUGCAGUGGGUGCUCGUGCCCCUGAACAUACCUCAGGAACUGUCGUUUCUCGGAAACGUUCCGGCCGAUUCUUUAAUAGUAACAUCCCCAGCUUCCACUGUAAAGGAUACAGAGGAAAUCCUGACGUCACUGAAGAAAAUUGCUGCUUCUCAUAACAACAGCAACUACAAUAUAACUUCGAGAAUUACAAGCAGUCCUUUGUUUCUGGAAGUAGCUACGCCCAUCUUCAAUAUAUCCCGCACAAUAAGAAGUGCUCAGGCCCGAUAUUGCAAACCAUCGCUGAAGGAUAACGAUACAGGAUUGUGUCAGAAUCUGCCGCCAUUUCACGAACUUUCUUCUCAGCCCGUAUCUGACUCAAGUAAACUCCCUGAGAGCAAUACUGAAACUCUCCUCGUAUCCACAGUGUCCAAUAACUCAAGUUAUUACGUCGUUCAACGUGUUAAGACUGUCCCAAAACACGAACUGGAUAAAAUCGGUACAUUUCAGUUAUUUUACAACAAUACAGCUCUGUUUACGUUGGUAUCAAAUAACAUUAACAUGACAUUGUUUUUGGAUUUUGCAAAGGGUAAAGAGACACACUGUAUCAGUGAGAAUAACAAGUCUUCCUGCAAAAACGCCUGUCCAUAUAUCAGACAGGACGAAUAUAACGAGAAAACUGUCCCAUCAAGAAACGAGCCGAUAUUAUCGCUGCCCAUAACUUGGAGAGGAGACGCUUGGGUCGCUGCAAUCGCUUCUAUCGCGACAGUUGGUAUCGCCUGUUCUCUAGCCAUUUCUGCCUUCAUUCUGAUUCGUAUCUGCAAAGGUGAUGUGCUUGAGGGUAACCCUAGUUUCUCUUUCCUGCUGUUGAUUGCCAUUAACUUCACUUAUUUUUCUAUUCUCCCUUUCAGUUUCGUUUCUGAUGAUCCGUAUCACAGAGGCCUCAUCUGUGGUUCUCGCAUAUUUGGUACUAAUGUCAGCUACGCUCUUCUGUUUUCCAUCAUGCUUUCUCGGAGUUUCAUGUUAGCAUCUUGUGAUCAAGAUGGCGGAUUCAUGAGUCACGUCAACGGAUAUUUACAGACAGUUCUUUGUUUUUUCAUAGCUGGAGUGCAACUGGCUUUAAGUGUCCAGUUCUGGGCUAUAAAUUCAUCAUUCCUUGGAUCUCGCCAAUGUUCUUCCAUUUAUGACGGUCAUCUUUUCCUUUUUCUCCUCAGUUAUGACAUUUUCCUCCUUCUUCUCUUAGUGUGCACGAGCCCUUUCAUUGCCCGCUCCAAAAGGAACUAUCAAGAAGGAAUUUUCUUCACUGUAGCUUCAUUUCUGUGUCUUAUCACGUUUAUUGGAUGGAUCGCUGCUUACGUGUUUGUACCCAGACACUGGCAAGAUGCGGCGAUAACAGGGGGACUUAUCGGUACAGCAACAGUCAUCUUGGUGACAGUUUUUAUCCCCAGAACGUAUCUGAUGAUGACGGCGAUAGUACGUGAUCAUCUAGCAAGUGCUUUGCCAUCGCUUGCAUACACAAGCACCACCAGUAUCCAGGAUAUCAACUACAGAUCCACACAAGUCUUGUAUGAUACAGUCACGCCUCAUCCUCUCAUCCAUACGCCCGAAGUGACAGGACAGGCGAACCCAAACUUCUAUUCCGAACAGCCUCAAUCACCGGUUCAAUCUGACCCGGGAACAUCGAUAAAACAAGCCAGUUCUGAAAUUGGUUUUGGUGAUAGGAGAACAGUUUCGUCCGAAAACACAUACGCGAGGUAUGAUACUCCUCCUUCACCUCACAAAGUUACGCGAUUUUAAAAAAAUGAUAGCUUCCGGUUGACUUCAAUUCAAACAAGACCAUAUGUCUCCAACUCACUCACUCAUGGUGCAGAGUAUUUCUUGAGAAGCCACCAAUUGUGCAACCACUCAAGAAUU